GGACCCUGAGGUUCUCGGGCCGGGGGGAGGGCGGGGGGGUCCCUGAAGUUCCGGACACAGAGGCUGGGGGCGGCUCGGCGAGCCCCGAAGUUCAGAGCUUCAGGGGGCGCGGGGGCCCCGAAGUUCCGGAGUCGGGGUCGGGGAGGGGACCGUGCGAGGGGUUCCCAAAGUUCCGGGCCCGGCGUUGGAGGAAGCUGCGAAGGUGUCUCCGAAGUUCUGAAUCUGGGAGGCGGGGGCGGCACGAGGGCACCCCGAAAUUCCCGACUUGGAGAUGGAAGGGUGGCAGGGGGUCCCCGAAGUUUAGGAGUCGGGGACGGCGCGGAGGAUCCUCGAAGUUCUGGACCUGGGGUUGGAGGAGACAGAUAAUGUGUCCCCGAAGUUCUGGACCUGGAGUCGGGUUCUAUGAAUGGUGCUCCUGGUGGUGGGUCUUGAGGUCGGACUUGCAUGGCCUCCCUCAGCCUGGCCUGUGGGGGACACUCACAGGCCCCCUCUCCCUCCAGAGGCGAAACCAGGAGCUUCUGCCAUCCCUCUGGCUGCCCCUUGGAACCCAGCUCAACCUGACCAAUGUCCACAGCCAGAUCGACCCGGCCACCAAGCGGAACUGGAUCCCGGCGGGCAAGCACGCGCUCACCGUCUCCUACUUCUAUGAUGCCACCCGCAAUGUCUACCGAAUCAUCAGCAUCGGGGGUGCCAAGGCCAUCAUCAACAGCACUGUCACCCCCAACAUGACCUUUACCAAAACCUCCCAGAAGUUUGGGCAGUGGGCAGACAGUCGUGCCAACACUGUCUACGGCCUGGGUUUUGCUUCUGAGCAGCAUCUGACCCAGUUUGCUGAGAAGUUCCAGGAAGUGAAGGAAGCAGCGAGGUUGGCCCGGGAGAAAUCUCAGGAUGGGGGGGAGCUCACCAGUCCGGCCCUGGGGCUCCCAGCCCACCAGGUGCCCCCUAGCCCCCUCGUCAGUGCCAACGGCCCCGGGGACGAGAAACUGUUCCGCAGCCAGAGCGCGGACGUCCCCGGCCCGGCAGAGCGAGAGCGGCUCAAGAAGAUGCUGUCCGAGGGCUCGGUGGGCGAGGUGCAGUGGGAGGCCGAGUUCUUCGCGCUGCAGGACAGCAACAACAAGUUGGCGGGCGCCCUGCGAGAGGCCAACGCGGCCGCCGCCCAGUGGAGGCAGCAGCUGGAGGCCCAGCGUGCAGAGGCCGAGCGGCUGCGGCAGCGGGUGGCUGAGCUGGAGGCCCAGGCAGCCACCGAGCCACCCUCAGGCAGCGAGAAGGAGGGGCCAGGCCAAUCAUUGGAGCAGCUGGAGGCCCUGGUGCAAACCAAGGACCAGGAGAUUCAGACACUGAAGAGCCAGACCAGUGGGCCCCGUGAGGCCCCGGACGCCACCGAGCGCGAGGAGACACAGCAGAAGGUGCAGGACCUGGAGACCCGCAACGCAGAGCUGGAGCACCAGCUGCGGGCAAUGGAGCGAAGCCUGGAGGAGGCACGGGCCGAGCGGGAGCGGGCGCGGGCCGAGGUGGGCCGGGCUGCACAGCUGCUGGACGUCAGGCUGUUCGAGCUGAGCGAGCUGCGAGAGGGCCUGGCCCGCCUGGCCGAGGGUGCGCCCUGAGCUGGGUGCUGGCCCCGUGGAGCCGGGCCGUGGGAGCUGGUGUUCCGCGAACGAUUCCCGCCUGGGGUGCGGGCCGGGCCGCCGGCGGCACAGUGGGCCAUUCGCCCUGGCAGGGACCGGGGGUGGACUCAGCCGGGAGGGCCUGGCCACGGCGCCCCAGCUGGCCCUGGCCACUCACGGCUCAGGGGCUGUUUUUGAGCUUUCCAUUGUGUAGAAUUUCUAGAAUCCCCGGGGCGCGUGCUGGUGCCCAGAUUACAUUUGUAAGCGUG